GUCUGGAUUACAGGGAAAGCGUACGACUGCUGGGUCCUGUCUGUGAGGCCAUCCAUCUACAUACCGUGUCUCUGACCAGGGCACAGUUUGAAAUGAAGUAUUCACGAUGGUUCCAGUGGACAGCCUAUCCAGAGGUUUGACAUUUGCACAGCUCUAGAAAUAAAAGACUUUGGAACUUGGAAAUCCUCAUUAUUUGCCAAGUUAAGGGUGUCUUUUUCCAUUUUGGCCUUCUAAUGUUGAAGAGGUCCUGGGAGCUGCAAGAGAAAUCCAAGUAGUUUAUCUAUAGUAUCUGAAGCCUGAGUUGAGGAACACACUUUGAACAACUUUUGGGCUCAACUAGGGAGGCAUUUGUCUUAGACUUAUAUUGCUGUGAAGAGACACCAUGACCACGACAACAGGAAAGCAUUUGACUGGGGCUGGCUUACAGUCUACUGGGUUAUUUCAUUGUCAUCAUGGUGAGAAGCAGGGCAGCAAGGAGGCAGACACGGUUGGAGCGGGAGCUACGAGGCAACAGAAAGUGACCUGGCUUGAGCUUCCUCCAACAAGGCCACACCUACUCCAACAAUAGCGCCGCUCCCUGUGGGCCAGGAAUCCAAACAGAGUCUCUGGGGGCCAUUCCCAUUCACACCACCACAGCAGUAGAAAAUAAAGUCCACUUUAGCAUCAGGACAGAACUCCCAGGGAGACAAUCACAAGGUUAGAUCAGAGAGUAGGUGCUUGGUUUCUUCAUAGUGAAUUGUAAAAUAUAUAGUCAUUGGGGUCCUGAUGCAAGUAUUGUGUGGUUUGCUUUUUUCUUUUCCUAUGUUUCAUCUGACACAGGAGCAUAAUAAAGCAGUACCUGUAAUAUCUGAUUCCAAAACAGUCUGGUAAGGUGAGCUGCCUUAGAGGAGCUAAACUAAAUUAUUACAGGAAAUAAGGAGUAGGUCAAAAUAUUUGGUUUCACUAUUAUGCCAGACUUAUGCUUUGAAUAAACAUUUAAAGAAAGAACUUUCAAAGAACUCUUUAUGUAUUAAAUAAUUUUAUUAUAAUAUUUCAGUAGACGCUAUUUGCUUAUCCCAAACAUUUAAAUGUAGCAGUUGAAAUAUUGAGGCUUGAAUUCAGAAUAGUAGUAACUCAAAAAUAAUUUUUGUUUUGAGGAUGAUUUUCCUUCAGUCUGAGCUCUAAUGUGUGUUUUGCUCUAAAUAGCUGUUUCUUGAAAUAUUUGAUACCUUGGAAGACUUGCACUCCGCUGCUAUCUCCCUCGGUGUGAUGAAACUGACUUCCUGUCUGGAGCGAGCCUUAGGUGUUUUUACUGAUUGGAAAGGAGUGCCCCUUCCUUCUGAGAGAUCUUCUUGCCUCUGCAGAGCUUGCACAAGUCUUUGGGCACGCUGCGAUGGACGUACUGAAAGUCUUCAUCGGGUCUCCCUGUGGACUCAACCUGAGGAACAUCCUGUGGCACGGCUUUGCUGCCCCUCAAGACAUCCCUCCAAAGUACUGUUCAGCUAUGCUGUUGUUCACAGCAGGACUGGGCCAGUUGCUGAAGAGCUACCUUCACCAAACGAAAGUCACAUUGGCACAUCGACCUUUUGCCACUCUUACAAACCUAGAGGACGUGAUUGUUUUUCCUGGUGUUACCUAUGAGGUGCUCUCAGCAGUAGAGAAUGCCAUGAUGAACUCCGCCUUCGUAUUAAAAGCCAUGUUACCAUAUUGGGAACUGGCAGUGGCCAAGUUCAAAGUACACAGGUUUGCUGACUGCACCACGCUGUUGCUGUCACAGCUAGAAGCUGGACUCAGGAGAGUUUUUGCUGCAGUUAACAAAUGCCCUGCUAGACUCCUCACGGCCGAGUCAACAAUUCUAUAUACCACAUUUGAUGAAAUACUGGCAAAGCACUUGAAUGAUGGUAGCAUCAGCCGGCUUCCUCAUUUCCUGGGAGAGCCUGCCAUGGAAUUCUUGUGGGAUUUCCUGAACUAUCAGGAGGGUCCUCGUAUCCGGGACCGUCUAAGCCAUGGAGAGAUCAAUUUACGUGAAUUUCCGAGAGAAGCAGCCAGCCAGCUGCUCACGUUCUCCCUGGUGCUUCUGCUCAGGUUCACUGAGGAAGACACGUUGUCAGAGCUGAAGGAGGAAGCAGGAAUACAGUUGCUGGUUAGUCUAGCUGAAGGCUACAGAUCCCGCUGCCACCCAGCCUUCCAGCUUCAAAAACAGGUCCUGAGCUGUGAGGAAAGCCUCAGGAUGUGGGAUGUGCUGCCUUUGCCGGAAGAGCCUCGACAGGAAGCAGCCAGAUUAGAAGAUAAUUCUGAAGCACAUGCCUGCAACUCUUUAAUUAGCAAGAUUCUGUGUGAGCUCUGUCGCCAUGUGCCUGGGAGUACCUCUGCUGUAGGUGGCUCGGAUGGUCUUCCCCCCGAGAGGUGGCCGCAGCUGCUCCAGGAACUCUGCAGCACACGAGUUCCUACCCUCUUCUGCCCCAGACUCAUCCUAGAAGUUGUGGUUGUGCUCCGAGGCAUCAGCUCCCAAUGCCAGCGCGUGUCUGCCCAGGUCAUUGCCUCUUUGCAGCUGAGACACAGGCAGUGGGUGGAGCGCAGGCUGCGCUCGAGGCAGCGUCAGAACUAUCUGUGCAUGCUUAACAGUGUUAGACUUCUGUCUCCUGGGCUUUACCUGAUUUUGUUGCUCCUUGCACUGGAGUUGGUCAGUGUUCAUGCUGUCCUUGGUAAAAGCGCUCAGGAGCGUCAGCACUAUCUCAGGUUCUUAAAGUUGAUUCUGCAGUACACCGAGAACCUCGCGGCCUAUACUAACCAAGAGAAGAACAAAUGGAACGAAGCCAUCAGUCUUACACAUGCAGUUCUGUUGAGAAUUUGGACUUUCAGUGAGAAGAAACAAAUGUUGAUGCAUUUAGCCAAAAACUCCACAAAUCAAGUUGACACAAGUUGACAAGGAAAACAAAAGUCAGGCUCCUUAUGGUCAUAAGAGAAAACUCAAGUAGAUUCAACAGCAAUUGAGUUGGGUAGCAUCCAAAGGUGGGAUGGAUUCUGUGGUCACUCUGGUCAUGGACCAGGAGUGCUGGUAUUCUCGGGGAUAAUGGAGUCAUUCCACGGGGUGAAGAAAUAGUUGAAUGUCUAGGAGAGACAGAAGACCAAGACAUGAGAGAGGGAAAGCAACAGCCUUACUGAAGGAAGGGCUAUGAGGGGACCCACUGCAGUGGGUAUUUUAAUAGGGCCCCCGUCCUCACCUUUCCCUUACUGGUUCUGUUUAGAGUCUUCCCUCUGCCUGGUGUCUCUUUGCACAGUGUCUCCUGUGUAGUAAUAGGAACGGAGGCGGGGCUGCGUCCCGCCACCCGGCUAGCUUUACCCGAAAUAAUUACACGGAAACUGUAUUCUUUUAAACACUGCCUGGCCCAUUAGUUCCAGCCUCUUAUUGGCUAGCUCUUACAUAUUGAUCUAACCCAUUUCUAAUAUUCUGUGUAGCACCACAAGCUGGCUUACCAGGGAAGAUCUUAACCUGCGUCUGUCUGGAGUGGGAGAAUCAUGGCGACUCACUGACUCGGCUUCUUUCUCCCAGCAUUCUGUUCUGUUUACUCCACCCACCUAAGGGUUGGCCUAUCAAAUGGGCCUAGGCAGUUUCUUUAUUAAUUAACCAAUGAAAGCAACAGAUUAGAAAGAAAUCACUCCCACAUCACUCCUAGGAACAAGAAGAUGCCAUCCAAGAGAGGCUGCUUUUGCUUUCCCUGUCUACCUCUGCCCCUUUAAUUCUCCCCCAGGGCUCAAGCUGUCCUUUCUCUGAAGCUUUCUGGUUUGGUGUCCUUGUGACCCCUAAGCUAGUCUUAAUGCCUGCAGCAGGUCCUCAUGGUGCACAUUGGAGGCUGUGGUCACUGCUUUGCCCCUAGUUGCCCUGAAGCACAUGGCUUCACAUGUCUUGUUAAUCACGUGCUCAUUUUAGAAGCUAUCUUGUAGCUAGAGUCUAGUCAUACAGACGGUGGGGGUGGGCUAGUUACAGUUACCCCUGGGAGCAGGAUCAUGUUCAUCUGUGCUCAUUUCAUGGGUGACUAAUAAGCACUAGGAACCUGUGAAGGUGGAGGUCACAGAGGUGGGUGAUGGACCCCAGGUCCCCAGUGAGCGUUUAGCAACGAAUACAUUUCAAGAUGUGAAGGCUGAGUGUAGGAGGCUCUGAAAAGUUGGAGGAGAAGAGGUCAUUUUCAUUGAAUCCCAAGAGUUCGUUGAAAUGCCACUUGGUUGUUUCAGGAUCUGGGAAGAGAGUCUUCCACCUCAGUUGCAGUGGCUGCAUUGCCUGCAUGUGUGAGAAUGCACUUCGCCACCCAACCUCAGUGGGUCAUGGCUUCUUGGAUCCACCUUUCAGAUCUUGACUGGAUACGUCCUGCAGCCACCAGAGAAAAGUUUCCUGUGACACUGAACUGAGCCAUGGAGAAGACUUUGGGGUGCUUUGUACCAGCCGCACGUUCUGCUUGUUCCUUUGUACUUCUAACCCCACCCCCAACAUACACACCAGUCAGUUUUUGGAUGAAAGAGUAAAAGUACCAAGACACAGUUUAUCAGUUGGAUUUAACACCUUAUUUAAAGGAACAGUACCCUACAUGGUGCCGUAUCUUCAGUGAGUCCCGUGAAGGACACAUGAUCCACACAUGUGAAGAUGUAUUCGAUAUCUCUUCAAGAACAUCUUGUUCUUAUGCAUAAUGACUUGUCCUCGUGUGUCAAUCAGGGACACAUGAUCGUGAGUCCUUUAUUACAUCACUUCAAGGAAAUGUAGUCCAUAUACAUGACAGCGUGCCCUGCGUCACAUCAGAGGUCCCUAAUUCAUGCACAAGCCGUUCUCAGCCCAUCUACCCUUUUGUGUGUCGUCAUUUGUUGUAGCGCAGCAGGAGGUGUUCUGUUUGUUCUGUUACUGUAGUGUGGAAAUUGGUAGCCGUCCUAGUAGGUCAAGAUCAGAGUUCUUUACUAUGUGGCGUCUCUACCUUUUGAAGUUAACUAAAAAGCAGUUUGAUACUUGAACCUUAUAAAUAUCUUUUUACCAUGGACCCUCUCCAAAUGCUGAUAGUUCUUGCCUCUCAACCCUCUUUGUUAAUUAAAUGUUUG